UUGAACAUAUAGAGCGUAUAUAAAAGCUUUCGAAAAAAAAAGCAAAAAAAAAAAUAAAAAUAGAAAAAUGUUUAAAACGAUUAUUUUGAUAUUUUUUUACCAUAAAUUAGUUUAUACUUUAGGAUAUGAAAUACCAAAUGCAAAAAUUGAAGUUUUUCAUCCAAAAGGCUUUCAGGUUUCUAUACCAGCUGAACCUGGUGUUACAUUAUUUGCUUUUCAUGGUAAACUUAAUGAAGAAAUGGAAGGAUUAGAAGCAGGAAAUUGGUCAAAAGAUAUUACAAAAGCUAAAAAUGGUCGUUUCACUUUUAUCGAUAGAAAUACAGAAAUUAAAAUCGGUGAUACAAUUUAUUUUUGGACAUAUGCACUUAAUAAUGGUCUUGGAUAUAGACAAGAUAAUGGAGAAUUUAUUGUUAAAAGUUAUUCUAAUCUAGAUGAUAGUAAUAAACCAAGUUCUAUUAAUAAUCAAAAUACAAAUAAUGUAAAACCAAUAUCAAUCUUAACAAGAAAAUGUCAACCAUCUAUAACAAUUGUAAACAAUAACCUUGUAGAAUGUGAAGGUGAUUUAAUAUUUGAAGAAAAUUUUGACAGUCCAAUAUUAAGUUCAUCAAAAUGGACAAUAGAGAAUCGUUUUAUUAAUGAACCAGAUUUUUUAUUUGUUAUGUAUUUUAAAAAUUCAGAUGCAUUAAAAAUUGAAAAUGGUUUUGCUAAAAUUAAACCAUAUCGAUAUUUUGGUAAUGAUGAAAUUUCAUUAUAUACAAAAGCAUAUAAUUUUGGUUUGGAAUGUACUGGUCUUAUUGAAACUGAUGAAUGUGUUAAAUCAGAAAAUGAUUUUACAAUUUUACAACCAUUAGUAUCGGCACAAUUUAAUACAAAAAAUAAAUUUAAUUUUAAAUAUGGUCGUAUUGAAAUUAGAGCACGUUUACCAAAUGCUGAUUGGAUAUUUCCACAAAUAUUUCUUGAGCCUGCUUCAUAUAAUUUUUAUGGAAAAAAUGAUUAUCAAUCUGGUCAAAUGAGAAUUGCAUUUACAGAAGGCAAUAAUACAUGUAAUUUAAAAGGUGGUCUACUAUUAAAUUCAAAUGAACCAUUUAGAUCAAUAAAAUUAUGUCAGAAACAAUGUGAAACAACAUUAUGGAGUAAUGAAUUUCAUAUAUAUUCAUUAAAUUGGCAAUCAGAUAAAAUUACAUUAUCAGUUGAUGGUAAUCAAUAUUGUUUAAUAGAACCACAAUUAGGAUUUCAUUUAUUAAAAAUUCAAAAUAAAGAAUUACCAAAUAUUGAACAUCUUUCGAAAGGUACAAAAAUUGCACCAUUUGAUAAACAAUUUUAUAUAACUUUAGGUUAUGGUGUCGGUGGAUUUGCUGAUUUUCCCGAUAAUAUUUUAAAUAAACCAUGGCGAAAUGGUGAUGUUAAAGCAAUAUUAAAUUUUUGGAAAACUAUGAUUAAAAGGCAUGAAUGGUUAAAAGAUGAUGCUUCUGAAUUUCAAAUUGAUUAUAUAAGAGUUUUUUCAAUUUAGAAGAAGAAAUAAGUCUAAUAAGAAAUAUUUAUAAAACAUAUUAUUUAUAAUUUUAAAAACAAAUUACGUUCACGAAAAUUGAAAGCAUCUCAUAAUCUCACAAAACAAAAUUCAAUAUUGUUUGCUAUUAUAUUUUAGAAUUUAUAUUAUCUUGAAAUAUAAUAGCUUUCUAUACGAAAUCGUAAUGUGAUACUAUAUAUACCCAUUCUAUAUAUUAUAGUAAAAUACAUAUUCAAAAGCUCGGAUUUCCCUGUUAAAUAUCUUAUCAUCAAACUGACGUUUCUAUUCAAAAUAAUCAUUGAUAUUUUGCCGUCGAAUGGGAUGAAAUAAUUUUGCAAGCUAAACUGUUUUAGAAUGUAUAAAAUGCCUCUCUGAAAUUAGAAAUGGAAAUUUAUAAAAAUGAAAUUAAAUAAAAAUUCUC